CAAUUCAUUCAUACUUUUUUCUUUGUUAGUUGCAUUUACAUGAAGGGCGCGCCGUUUGUCAUUCUCGACGACUACUUUGUCAAAGCGGACCUCCUUGCGUCACUCCAGCACCAGCUCAACACCUGCGACAUCCGCAUCCGGCUGUCACCGAACGGCGGCCACAUAGAAAUCCCACAAGGGAACCCAUUUCUCCAACGACUCUUUUCAAAAAGCAACCACUUAACACACACAGCCACACCGUGGAUGCGCACGCCAGACGUCCGGAUAACCUAUAGUCGAUGGCUCUAUUACACGCACGCGGCAAUUAUAGUAUCCCUGAUGUCCAAGUAUAUUGCUGGGUUGGGUGCUGGGCCCUUGGUUUAUACUUUAGGCACGUUGGGGAAUUUGUGUAUGGCGUUGGUGGUUAGUUUUCAUGUGGGGUUUUAUUUAUCGUUGAAUUGGCGGCCGAGGUGGUUUGAGAAAACAGUGGUUUUUCAUUCACCAUUUGCGUGGGCAGCGAUUUGGCUGCUUAUUAUGCAGGGCGAGGAUAAUGCGACGAUGGCGGUGGGGAGACAACAACAAUACCGCAGUGGAGCUGUAGGCGGGAGAGAUUUAUGGGUGGUUGGGGCGUUGGAUCGGCGGAUAGGACCGUUGGGAAUGUUACUUAUGCAUGUGUUUGUCUGGUAUACGCGGCGGACAGUUAUUGGGGUAACCGUGUUUGAGCGCAAAACCAGGGCGUCUUUGGCAGCGCAUUGGACACAUCGUGUGUGCUCAGUGCUGGCGCCGUUGCCGAUCCUGCUGGCGUGGAAAUGGUACCCUUUGGUGUCCGCGUGCUGUGACUUGUAUGGGUAUUCGGGAGCGAGGCAGAUUUUUUCUUUAUUUAGUGGAAAUGGGUUGGUCGGGGAGUGGGCGGCGGAGCGGAGCAUGAUUGCUUGGCGGAAGGUUUUGGGCGCUAUGAUUUUGGGCGGAGGGUCCCAUGUCCUGUGGUAUAGCUUUAUUAGUUAUGCGUAUCAUAUGGUUGUCUGGAGAGUGUAUUUGAGAGAGGGACUGGCAGUGUGGGUGGUCCGUGGAAGAGCCAUGUGCACUAAACUGGUGUAAAUGGAUUUUUGGAAUUUCCAGACAUUUAUAGCGAAAGUCCAGAUUUUUAAGUGGGGGUUUUCGAAGCCCGUUUUUAUGCAAAAGGACAUCGUCAGAGUUGGC